UAUCAAUAAUUUUUAUAUGUUUUAACGACCUAAGUAGGCUUGCGUGGAAGAGAAGCGGGCACAGGGUGGGUGUUUCAGAAGAGGAUGUUCGGGUAGUGGUCUUGAGCCGAGCGUGUUCCAGCCUUACCCUACUUUCGGGGCUCACAUUUUACCUGAAGAGCACCAUUUUUUAUCAGGGUGGGUUACCAACAAGCAACAACGGACGGGCAGAGGAGCCAGGGGGGUGCUUCUCGCUCCGUGGGAGGAAGGGACGACUUGCGUUCCCUAUCCAGCAGCAAAAGGCGAUGGAUCCCUCCUUCUAGCUUGAGACGAGAUGCACUUACCCCAGACAACAAAUAUGACCUCACUUUCCGAAAGGUUCGAGGAGUUCUCAACAAACUCACUCCUGAGAAGUUCAAUAAGCUAAGCAAUGACAUCCUAAAUAUAGGCCUUGAUUCCACCACAGUUCUCAAAGGUGUCAUUUUGUUGAUCUUUGAGAAGGCCCUUGAUGAACCGAAAUAUUGUUCUAUGUAUGCACAGCUGUGCAAACGGCUGUCAGAAGAGGCUCCAAACUUUGAUCCACCCGACGGACCUUGUACUUAUAACCGCUUACUGUUGAGCAAGUGUCAGGAUGAGUUUGAGCGCCGACGCCGUGCCUCUGAGGCAUGGGAUGGGGCAGAUGGGGCAACUCUUACACCUGAACAAUAUGAAGAACGAGCAGCAGCAAAGCGCAAAAUGGUCGGCAACCUUCGUUUCAUUGGUGAACUGGGCAAGUUGGAGAUCAUUCAUGAGUCCAUUCUUCAUCGUUGCAUCCAACAGCUGUUGGAGAAACGUAGGCGUAGACCAGUGGUUGACUUGGCUGAGGAUUUGGAGUGUCUGUGCCAGAUAAUGAAGACAUGUGGGAAGGUGCUGGACAAGCCCAAGGCUAAGCCCUUAAUGGACCAGUACUUUGAACGCAUGUACCAGCUGAGCAGCAGUGUGGAACUCCUAGCAAGGAUCCGCUUCAUGCUGCAGGAUGUGCUGGAUUUGCGUGCUGCUAACUGGGUGCCACGCAAGGUAGCCCAGGUGGAUGGUCCUCGUACCAUUCGUCAGGUGCGGGAGGAAGCAGCGCACGACCUUGGUGUUUACAUCCCACCACCCUCAUCACAUGGACCUCCGCGGUCCUCUGGUCCCAUGUCUCCUUUAGCUGGUGUCUCAUCCUUUUUCCCACCGCCGGGAGGGAAUCGCACAGGCAUGGAGGAUGUGUUUAUGGGAGCAGUGACACUAGGAACAGGUCCAGGAGUCAUUUCUUCACAGCCUGACAAGUAUGGAUAUGACUCGAAUGGAUAUGGCUCAAAUGUGAGUGGAGGAGGUGGAUACAGGCCACGACAGCAACAAGGAUACUUUCCUCAGAAUAAACACUUCAACAACCAGAACUUCAGUAGACAGCAACAGAACAAUCAGUAUAACCAGCAACAGAAUUAUAACAACAUAGCUACAAAAGAUCUGCCUCCUCGAUUCAAGAAGAUUUUAAGUGUGUCCAAUACCAGCGGUUCAGGCAGUUCCGAUGGGGAGGUGUCCCUUCGUCCUGCCCCCUCCAGCAUGAUGCUCAAACCCAAGACACCUGGGAUACUUCCCCAGAGUGCCUUGGGGACUCAGCAAAGUAAUGACCACCAUCACUCAAACUUGCCACUGGCUCCUCAAGCCCAGGCACCAAACCAGAAGCCCAACCCACCCCACCUCCACAAAGAUCCACCUAUACUCAUCAAGCAAGCAUCAACUGAUAAAGCACGUGACAAGAAGAAAGAUAGGGGCCCAAGCCGUGAAGAGUGGCUUCGUCGAGUGAAGAAUGUCUAUGAAGAGUUUCUGAAGGAACAAAAUUUGGAUGAAGCUGUAGAAAAUUAUAGAUGUUUGAAGGUGCCUGAACGCUUCACUGCUGAAACUGUCCAUGCCACUAUCAAUUAUUUAUUGACUUUGGAGGAGAGCAACCGAGAACUUGGGGCUCAGUUGAUUGAGAGGCUCCGUUCAGAGGGCCUCAUUAAUGUGGAUCGUCUUUUUGAUGGUGUGAAACUGGUUCUUGGUAGGCUCGAUGACCUGGUGACAGAUGUUCCUCGGGUCAAAUCCCACAUGGCUGGAAUCUUGGGUUACUUGGUUGGGUCAGGCACUCUAGCCUUGGCUGAUGUAGCAGAACCACUGGAAGGGGGACAACAUUUCCCUCUCUUCUUGCUCACUCUUCAGACCCUGCACAAACUUCAUGGAAAGAUGAAAUUGACUCAGAUCUUUAAUGAUAGCAAGGUGAAUCUUCUCAAUCUUCUGCCGGAAUCGGAUCGGACAAAGGAAAAGCUGGCAGAUCUUCUGGAGGACCGUGACUUGUCCUUCCUUUUCCCACUUUUGAGGAUCCAGUCUGAUUUGUGGCGAGCCCUUGUUUCAGACCCAACACCCCACACACUCUACAAGUACAUCAAGGACACACUGGAUGUGGAACACCAUACUGCUCCAGGGUUUAUUAAUGCUUUGAUGACAGUAUUGGUGAAAUACAUAACACAGGAAACCACUUUGGCCUCUGGAUGUGAUCCAACUGUGAUUCCAGAGAAACUUGUUACAGAACAAGAACAAGAACUUUUGGCAAAGUUCAAACCUGUUCUUCAGGCUUUCCUGCAUGAUCAUCUGCAGCUUCAGGUUACAGCUGUAUAUGCUCUACAAGUGUUCACAUACACUCACAACUUCCCCAAAGGGAUGUUAUUGAGAUGGUUUGUGAAUCUGUAUGAUUUAGAGAUCAUAGAAGAAGACGCAUUCUUGACUUGGAAGGAAGACCUGAGCCAGGACUAUCCCGGCAAAGGAAAGGCACUCUUCCAGGUUAAUCAGUGGCUUACUUGGCUGCAAGAGACUGAAGAGGAUGAUGAGGAAGAGGAGGAUGCUCAAUGAUAAAUGCCAAGGAGAAGUAUUCAUGACAGACGAACUAAGUUUUGGUGAAUGUAAAUGAUUGUGCAGCCAAGGGAGGAAAGGACUUACGUCUGUUGCGCCACGAUAAGAGUUACACCAGCAAAAGAAAUGAACUUAAUGAUUCUAAGUCCUUGCUCUAAGGAGACUGUCCUGUUUCUAAAGCUUCUUGGGUAUUUAGUCUUGUAUUCUAUACUGUUGCUGUUAUAUGCAUGCCUUUUGAGGCAGAGACAGCCAGAACUCCUGGGAACAAGGCUAUAAGCAGUGCUGUGGUAAGAGGUUACUAUCGAUUAGGUCACAUGAAGAUGGAAUUGAAGCAAAAACUGUGGAAAACACUGAGCUUAAGCCUCUGAAGGCUGAUCUUAGAGAGUCUUGGCUAACACCAAAGUGUUCUGAAUACAUGUCAUAUCUAUCGAUGAAAGUAAUUCAGAAAAGACUUCAACAAAAAAAAAAAAAAAGAGGAAAAUGCCAAAAAACUGAAAUGAUGCCUUAGUGUUGUAUGAGUUUGCUACAUAAUCUUAUAGUCCAAGUUUAACUGCUUCUUCAGCUAUAUCACUUAAUGUUAUUCGUAAUAUAUUAGUCACCACAUCAUAUAACUUU